AUGGAAACACUAUUAGAUAGUGAAACUCUGAAAAAAUACGAAGAAGAAACGAAUGAAUAUAUUAACAAAAAAAAUGUUGAAAAACUGUUUGACAUUAUUGCAAAAAAUGUUUUAAUUAAUAAACCGGAUAAUGUAUACUUAUAUAUAUACAACAAUAUAUAUUCAUUUCUCCUAAAUAAAAUAUUUAUAAUUGGCCCACCAUCAUUAAAAAUUACAUCAACAAUAUCUUCCUCUAUUGCUAAUUCGUUCGAUUAUUACCACCUGGAUGUGUCACAUUUAGUUAGCUCAUACAUUUCUAGUAAAGAAAACGAUACCCAAGAUAAACAAUCGAAUCAAAUAUUAAUAAAUGAUGAUAUAAUAUGCUCUGCUGUUAAAACACAUAUAAACAAUUUAGACGCAAAAAAAAAAAGAGGUUAUGUUAUUCAAGAUUUUCCAAAAACAAAUUUACAAGCAAAUAGCUGUCUUCAAUAUUUGCCUUCUCAUGUUUUUGUACUAAUUGCUGAUGAGGAAUAUAUAUAUAAAAAAUACGAAGAAGAAAAUAACGUAAAAAUAAUAUUAGAUACCAAUAAUCAAAUUUAUGAUGAACAAUCAAAUUUAUUUGAAAUAAAAGAAAUAAGUACACAUCCUUUGGAAGAAAAAGUAAAAGAAUAUUUAAGAUGUAUUCCAGGAGUAUUAGAAGUUAUUGGAAAUAAUAAAAAUGUAAUAAAUUUAAGAGAUUUUGACGAAAUAAAUGUCGUUGAUCAAGUUAUGAAUAUGGUGGCUAAAAAUAAAGAUGAAUGGAACUCACUAUUUUCGGAUGAUAUUUCGGAUAAAGAUCAAAAAUGA